CUCCAUCUUUGUCUCCUACCAUCUUACCUUAUUUGAUCCCGGUCUUUGAGCUUUCGCUCGUUCGUCAGCCCUUUUCUAUUUACCAAUGUUCGAUGCAUCUUGUGGAUAACCUCGCGUUUCAUAUCCCCUACUUUCCUUCCUGGUAUAGCCUUGGCUUACCUACCUUGCGUUCGUGCCCUCUCCCUCGUCGCUCACCGUCUUGCAUCUGACCUGUGUAGGGCGACGCGGGAAUUUCAGUCUAUCUUUUGAUAUUCGUUCGCAGUCUCUUUAUGAAUCAUUCCGUACCUCUCGUGCCUCUUGAUUGACCUAUCGAAGAAAGAAAGAAGGGGGUGACGAGAAAGAGUGCGCAAAUCAAAGUGACGAAUACAGAGAAGCAAGCGAUUCGCGGACCAGAGUGCGCUUAAAGACCAAGAGUUAUUCUUGGGGUGGAUGCUCUCCCUCCAUCCGAUCAGAAGAUCGCGGCUGUCCACUUUAUAACGCCCGCACUGGGUCGAACAAUCGGCUAAAUGGCUCCUCCGCGCUUUGACGAGAAUGGUAACGAGCUCCGGGAAGUGCAGAGUGACAUCUCGAAGCCGACAAAGCGACAACGAUGGGCGACCCAACGAUUGUCCACCACCGGGGGCGUGAAGAAACGCCUCUCCAUUAUGGACCGCAUCCAACAGAGGACACAUUCGCAUCGCGAGAAAAGGAGGUCGGGCGCAAGUAAUGCUCCUAUGGUGGAUGGGCCUGAAGGGGAGGAUGAGGAUGAUGAUUCAGAAGAAAAUAGGAGGAGAAUCUACUUCAACGUCCCGAUACCAGAAUCUGCGAAGGAUGAGGACGGCCAAUUCACGAUCCAAUAUCCGAGGAACAAGAUCCGCACCUCCAAGUAUACGCCAUUGAGUUUCGUACCGAAAAAUAUUUUCCUGCAGUUCCACAGCAUAGCGAACAUAUAUUUCCUUUUUAUUAUCAUUCUUGGUGCUUUCCCCAUCUUCGGUGCUGACAAUCCUGGCAUGAACGCUGUACCCCUAAUCGCUAUUGUUGUCGUCACGGCUAUCAAAGAUGCCAUCGAGGAUUGGAGCCGUACUGUCCUAGAUAACGAAGUGAACAAUUCGCCUGUUUAUCGAUUGGUUGAGUGGACCAAUGUUAACGCGUCCUACGAUAAGGUCUCUCUAUGGCGUCGCUUCAAGAAAGCAUGCACUCGCGCUACAGUGGCUACCUACAGGAUGUUUGCCCGCAAGAAGACAGAUCAAGACUUGGUCGAAGAGCGACGCCCCUCAGCCAUGGUGACUCCACGGACGUCAAUGUACUCCCCCCGAGCUUCCGCCUUACCCAACGAUGCCAGUCAGGAUCUGGAGAAUGACGGUAUUCAAAUGAAACCAGUGAAUCCGGAUACGCGCUCGGACUGGCCGCUGUCGGACGAAGAACAGACAACCCAUCUCCAUCCUGACAAGUAUUUUGCCGAUGAUAUUGAAACUUCCCAAAGACACAAUGUCAGUGUGGUUGAUAAGUCCAGACCUGCUCCGGGGACCGCUAGGUUUAAGCGGGAUUUCUGGAAAAGCGUCCAAGUUGGCGACUUCGUACGUAUAUAUAACGGAGAUCCGGUUCCAGCCGAUAUUGUAAUCUUGUCAACUUCCGACCCGGAUGGUGCCUGUUACGUGGAAACUAAGAGUUUGGACGGAGAAACGAACCUCAAAGUUCGUCAUGCUCUCCAUUGUGGUCGCCAGGUCAAGCAUGCCAGGGAUUGUGAGAAGGCAGAGUUCGUGAUUGAUAGCGAGCUACCGCACCCAAACCUCUACUCCUACAAUGGCGCUAUACGCUGGCAGCAGCGGGACCCACAUUAUCCAGACUCCCCUCCGAGGGAGAUGGUCGAGCCUAUCUCAAUUGGCAAUGUGAUGCUCCGUGGGUGCUCUUUGCGCAACACAGAAUGGGUUCUUGGUGUUGUUAUCUUCACUGGAUCUGAGACGAAAAUUAUGCUCAACUCCGGAGAGACUCCGAGCAAGAGGCCCAGACUUGCGAGGGAUUUGAACUGGAACGUCAUUUAUAACUUCAUCAUUCUGUUCUUCAUGUGCUUCAUUUCUGGGGUGGUUAAUGGAGUAGCUUGGGGUUCAUCGAACAGGUCCUUGGACUUUUUCGAUCUCAAGGCAUAUGGAAGCACGCCGGCUGUUACUGGUAUUAUCACUUUCUGGGUGGCCAUCAUUCUAUUCCAGAAUUUGGUCCCUAUAUCCCUUUAUAUUUCCCUCGAAAUUGUCCGCACCAUCCAGGCCGCAUUUAUCCACAGCGACCUUUUCAUGUAUUACGACAAACUACAGAUGGCCUGCGUCCCAAAAUCUUGGAACAUAUCGGAUGACGUUGGACAAAUUGAGUACAUAUUCUCCGACAAAACCGGCACGCUUACUCAGAACCUCAUGGAGUUCAAAAAAUGUACCAUCAACGGAGUUGCAUACGGCGAGUCAUAUACAGAGGCUCAGCUGGGAAUGCAGCGGCGGCAAGGAAUUGAUGUUGACAGGGAGAUUGGUAGGAUGGAUGAGCAAUUGGCUAUAUCUAAAUCUAGGAUGCUUGACUUGCUUCGAAAAAUUCACGAUAACCCAUAUCUGCGCGAUGAGAACUUGGGAUUUAUCGCACCGGAUUUCGUGGCUGAUAUUACUGGUCAAUCGGGUGAACCUCAAAAGAAGGCCGUGGAACAUUUCAUGCUCGCUCUUGCUCUGUGCCAUACUGUCGUCACUGAGCAUACCCCGGGUGAUCCUCCUACAAUUGAGUUCAAGGCACAAUCGCCUGAUGAGGCAGCUUUAGUCGCCACGGCACGAGACUGCGGCUUUACUGUAUUAGGAAGAGCCGGUGACGAUAUUAUCGUCAAUGUCAUGGGUGAGGAGCGGACAUAUACCGUUCUGAAUAUCCUUGAAUUUAACUCAUCCAGGAAGCGAAUGAGUGCGAUAAUUCGGAUGCCUGAUCGCUCUAUACGUCUUUUCUGUAAGGGUGCUGACAGCGUUAUUUACUCUCGCCUGGCACCUGGCGAACAGCAGGAGCUUAGGAAAACUACCGCAGAUCACUUGGAGAUGUUUGCCAGGGAGGGUUUGCGAACUCUGUGUGUCGCGGACCGCGAGAUCAGCGAAAAGGAGUAUCUAACAUGGAGCAAGGAUCACGACGCCGCAGCUGCCGCAAUCACGGACCGUGAUGAAAAAUUAGAAAGAGUUGCAAACGAGAUAGAGCAGCAACUUAUGCUUAUAGGGGGAACUGCCAUUGAGGAUAAACUUCAAGUCGGCGUUCCGGAAACUAUUUCUCUGCUCGCAAAUGCCGGUAUUAAACUGUGGGUCCUGACCGGUGACAAGGUUGAGACCGCGAUCAAUAUUGGAUUCUCUUGCAACCUUUUGAAUAACGACAUGGAAUUGAUCGUUCUAAAUGUCCCUGAAACCCAGUCAGAGAAGGCGAUGUUGGAGCUCGAUACUCAGUUACAGAAAUUCGGAUUAACUGGCUCCGACGAGGAGCUCAUGGCCGCCCGCCUGGAUCACCGGCCACCGUCAGGAAGAUAUGCCGUGGUUAUUGACGGAGAUACCCUAAAAUUGAUGCUUGACGAUGAACUGAAGCAGAGGUUCCUUCUGCUGUGUAAGCAGUGCAAGGCUGUCCUAUGCUGCCGAGUCAGUCCUGCUCAGAAGGCUGCUGUCGUUAAUAUGGUCAAGAAUGGCCUUGAUGUCAUGGCCCUUGCAAUCGGCGAUGGUGCAAACGACGUUGCAAUGAUCCAGGAGGCUGAUGUGGGAGUCGGAAUUGCCGGUGAAGAAGGUAGACAGGCAGCCAUGGCUUCUGAUUAUGCUAUUGGACAGUUCAGAUUUCUUCGACGUCUAGUCCUUGUCCAUGGAAGAUGGGCCUAUCGCCGACUGGGAGAGACAACAGCCAACUUCUUCUACAAAGUACGUUAAAUUCAAGCCGACUUACUUCUCGAGUCCCUUAAGUGAACUGCAAACUCACUAACUUGUGUAGAGUCUUGUCUGGACAUUUGCCCUCUUUUGGUACUCGAUUUAUAAUGAUUUUGACGGUUCCUAUCUAUUCGACUAUACCUAUAUUGUAUUGGUCAACCUUGCGUUCACGUCCUUACCUGUUAUUUUUAUGGGAAUUUUCGAUCAGGAUGUCGAUGAUAAGGUGUCCCUGGCUGUGCCGCAGCUGUAUAUGAGAGGUAUCGAGCAGAAGGAAUGGUCUCAACUCAAAUUCUGGUUGUACAUGGGAGAUGGAAUAUACCAGUCGCUCAUGUGUUUCUUCAUGCCGUAUCUUCUAUAUAAACCAGGCAACUUCGUGACGUAUAACGGAUUGAACAUCAACGACCGAACUCGAAUGGGUGUUCUAGUCGCUACGUGUGCAGUUCUCUCCAGUAACUUAUAUAUCUUGCUGAAUAGCUACCGUUGGGACUGGUUGACGGUGUUGAUAAAUGUCAUCAGCAAUUUGCUGAUCUUCUUUUGGACGGGUAUCUAUACUUCGGCCCAGUCCUCAGCUCAAUUCCAAGGAGCAGCCCACGAGGUUUACGGAGCGUUGUCCUUUUGGGUUGUUCUCCUGUUGACCGUUGUUCUUUGUCUUCUUCCUCGUUUCGCUAUCAAAUCAGCCCAAAAAGUUUUCUUUCCUCGCGACGUGGAUAUCAUCCGAGAACAGAUCACUGCAGGCAAAUUCAAGUACCUGGAUCAAUAUGAGGAAUUUGGUCCUCCACCUGGAGCAGGCGUCAGCUUUGGUGGCUCCAGCGAUUCUGCUGGCUCAUCUGAUCUAGGGAAACCAAUACAACCUAUGAAACAAGAAGGCGGGCUUUCCGAAGAUGAGCGGCCGAUGUACCCGCCAUCCGUUUCGGGAAUUGCGAACGUGGUGGGAAAUCCUCGCAGUCAAAGUGGCAGCGUGACGACGAAUUACACACCCAGCCUGGACAGGCAUCAGAGUCCACAAUCCAUGGAGUAUACCUUGGAUCGCAACCGCCCCUCCUUCGAGAGAAUACCGCGAAGUUUCGAUCCAGGCGUCAAUGUCAACGCUGCCUCUGUUGCCUUCCCCGAACCAACGGAGAACCCGUUCAGAUCCCCGAAUGAUCGCCCCCUAUCUCCUGUAUAAAAUCGUUCUACAAUUCUGUUAUAUUACACUUACACGAUAUUUCUGAUGACUGUCUCCUAGGUUGUUAUUGGCACUUCGAAUUUCUUGCGGAUUUCUUUGUCUUCCUGUUUCCUUGGAUGAAAUGAGCAAUAUUUUCAUUGGCUAUUCCCAAUAGAAGGCGUUUGGUACUUACGCAGAUAGCUCUUUAGCUGGCUGCUUUUCAUGUCCGUUUUUCUUUCUAUUAUUAUUAUUCUUCUUCUUUCAAAACCCCGUUCAUACAUUCCUUUAUAAUUUCUAUUUGUUUUAUACUACUCGUUGCUUUUCUGUAAGGAGACGGAUGGCGGAUUGUGGAACCUCUGUGGCUAGCAACACCUUGAUGAUAAUCUGUAUAACGAAGUUUCAUUGGACAUUAUGCACGAUACUGGCAUCCUCUGCCUGU